UGGUCUCGGCGGGUGUUUCCCGUUGGGCCGGGCCGGCCUGGCGCGGGUCUGCGGCCAGAGGCAGGGCAGGGCAAGGCAGGGACGGGACAGGACGGGACGGGACGUGCUUCAGCGGUGACCACUCUUGCAAGAGCCCUUGAAUCUCCAGGAGGGAGUUUUGGAGGUUACCGAGACUGGGCUGUAUGAAAACUCCCAGAGGAAAUGCCAGUUGGGAUGGCUAAAGAUCUGGAGGAAACUGGCUCAUCCUCAGAGGAGGAGGAGGAAGAUGCUAUAGAUGGACUGGAGGAUCAUCCAUGUAUCAAGUGGACCGGUGGUGGCUGCAGGCGGAUCCCUGUCUUGGUGUUUCAUGCUGAAGCCAUUCUGACCAAGGACAGCUACCUCCGCCUCAUUGGAGAGCGCUACCACAUGUCCUACAAGAUAGUGCGAACAGACAGCCGGCUGGUUCGAAGCAUUCUGACUGCCCAUGGGUUCCAUGAGGUUCACCCUAAUAGCACUGAUUAUAAUCUCAUGUGGACAGGAUCACACUUGAAGCCCUACUUGCUGCGUUCCCUUACAGAUAUUCAGAAAGUCAAUCAUUUCCCUAGGUCGUAUGAAUUGACACGAAAGGACAGACUGUACAGGAAUGUCACUCGUAUGCAGCUGGCCCAUGGAUUCAAGACAUUCCAUAUCUUACCUCAGACCUUUAUCCUCCCGACAGAGUAUCAGGACUUCUGCAAUACCUAUUCUAAGGACAGAGGACCAUGGAUAGUGAAGCCCGUGGCCUCUUCCAGGGGUCGAGGUGUCUACCUGAUAAACAAUCCAAGCCAGAUUGUUGUGGAAGACAACAUCCUGGUUUCUCGUUACAUCAACAACCCCCUGCUCAUAGAUGAUUUCAAAUUCGAUGUGCGCCUCUAUGUUCUGGUUACAUCCUACGAUCCACUUGUCAUCUAUCUCUAUGAGGAAGGAUUGGCCAGGUUUGCAACAGUGAGGUAUGACCAGGCAUCCAAGAACAUUAAAAACCAGUUCAUGCAUCUGACCAACUACAGUGUCAACAAGAAGAGUGGAGAUUAUGUCAGCUGUGAUGAUCCUGAAGUGGAGGAUUAUGGAAACAAGUGGAGCAUGAGUGCAAUGCUGAGGUACUUAAAACAAGAGGGGAGAGACACUGCAGCACUGAUGGCCAGCGUGGAGGACCUGAUUAUCAAGACUGUAGUUUCUGCUGAGCUGUCCAUUGCCUCAGCUUGUAAAAGUUUUCUUUCACAUCGUGGCAGCUGCUUUGAGCUGUAUGGUUUUGAUGUCCUUAUUGAUGACACGCUCAAACCCUGGCUGUUGGAAGUGAACCUGUCCCCAUCAUUGGCCUGUGAUGCUCCUUUGGACCUGAAGAUCAAAGCUAGCAUGCUCUCAGAUAUGUUCACUCUUGUAGGCUUCGUGUGCCAGGAUCCAGGCCAGCGGUCAAGCCGGGCCAUUUAUCAUUCAGCUGAAUCUGUCAGGAGAAAUCCAUACCAGAAGAUGCAGCGUCCUGCAUCUGCACAGUCACAAACAGCAAACACCAGAUUGCGUACCCGUCCUCUGUCUGCCAGCGAUGCUGAAGUUAAAAGCUCGAUGCCCUUAGGCAGGGAAAAAGCAACAGGAAAGCAUAGCAGCUCUGUGGUAGGCCUGUCUAUGGAGGAGAUAAAAGUUCUUAGGCGAGUGAAAGAGGAAAAUGAACGGAGAGGAGGCUUCAUCCGGAUAUUCCCUACCCCAUUAACAUGGGACCUUUAUGGAUCCUUUUUAGAGCACAAGACAUCAAUGAACUACAUGCUGGCUACACGUUUGUUUAAGGACAGGGGCAAGAUGAAAAGAGACUUCAUCACUGGAAGAUCCCGAGCAGGUCUUAAUGGAAGGCUGGAUAUGAGGAUGGAAGCUGUGGACUCUCACGCUCUGUUUUAUGAGAGAAAGCUUGUUUCGUUGGAGUUAAGGAAGCGUCGGCGAUUUCAUGGCAAGGCUAGAGCAGCACAGAUGAGAUCAUCAGGUGAUUUCUCCUCUACUACAGGCACAUCAGAAUCAACAAAGCUGUCCCUCAAGUCAGACACAGAAGGUGAGGAGGAAGAGGAGGUGGAUGCAGAUGAAGAUGAAGAGCUAGAUAGAACUGUUUGCUCUGUUUCGGACACCCAGGUGAAAAACAAGCCAAAGCUCUCUGACUCGGUGAAAACUGCUUGUAAGGAGAGGUUGCCAAAAAAACUUGACAAGAAAACUGGAGAUGGAGAAAAGCUGUUUCUGCAAAAACUAGACUCACAAUCUCAGUUUAACUUGCUUCAGAUUCUUCAAAAGCAUGGAAACCUGAGCAAAGUGCAAGCCCGUACGGCUUUCUCUGCCUAUCUACAGCAUGUUCAGUUCCGACUGAUGAAGGAGGCUGGUGACCAGAUCCAGAAUCCUGCCUGGGCUGCCAAAGAGGAUGAGCAAAUGGAGCUGGUGAUCCGCUUUCUGAAGCGAGCUGCCAGCAAUCUCCGUCAGUCCUUGAGGUUGCUGCUCCCCAGCCGUCGUUUAGGAUUAAAUGAUCGUCGUCGUAUCCUGGCUCGCCAGCUGGGCGAGUUCAUAAUCUGUUAUAACAAGGAAACGGAGCAGAUGGUUCAGAAAAGAUCAAAAAAGAAACAGGAAGAGGAGGAGGAGGGAGUGAAUCCUGAAGGUUUUCAGAACUUUAUUACCAAAGCAAGUGAAAGUGACCUGGAGGAAGUACUGACAUUUUACACACACAAAAACAAAUCAGCAAGUAUCUUCCUAGGAGCAAAAUCCACAAGCACAAAACACAGGAACAGCAGUCACCAGUCAGAGAAGCAGCCCCGAGGUGAGCAUCCUGAGGUGGUGGAAAAAAUAAAAGGUGAUCAUCCCAAAAGUUCAGUUGCAGAUCUGCCUGCAGAAGGAGCACUAAAAGGCUAUAAACCCAAAGAAAUUAAAUCAACCUUUCCAGAAGGACCCACCUUCUCUUUAAAUGCUGAAGUGAAAUUACCUCGAUGCAGCCGUUCUAGUGCUUCUUCCUCUGUUUCUGGUGCAACAUUCCAGAGAAGUACCAGUUCCUGGGUACCAUCUCAGCCUGCAGCCUCUGAAAAUUCACAGGUGGAUGGUCACCAUUCAUUGCCGGCUCCUCCAGUUGCUCCCAGGCUGAUUCAGUCCCCACCCCCACUACCCUCCUUGCAGAGCACAGCUCCUGACAGCUCUUCUGUCUUCACAAACCCAGUGUCCAGUGAGACUUGUAGCCUUGCAGGGUUACAUCGUUGUCGUCCUGGUAGUUACACCAUUGGCCCAUUCUCGUCUUUUCAGAGAGCUGCUCAGAUCUACAGCCAAAGAUUGUCCCGACCAUCUUCUGCAAAAGUCGGUUUGUGCCAUCGCAGUUCAAGUGGGCAGCGUGUGGGCUCAGCCAGGAUGCAAAAAGAAGCCGAAUAUACUUCUUCCCAGAGCAAGUGUCACGGCCCCAGUAUGGCAGCAGCAGAACUGCAUCAGCUGACAGAAAAGCAAGCAGCCUGUCAGUAUUCCCCACCAAGCCACGUCAGUCUCCUUACACAGCAGUUAACAAACCUGAACUUGGCAAGUGGAGCUAUAAGCAAGGGGAAUGCAGCUGCCCCACAGAGCUACCGGUCACCACUCAACAAAAGAGGGUCACUGUGGGCUGUUCAGUCAGACACUCAUAGAGCUGACAAAAGAUCUGUCUCCUCAGCAGUCAGGGCUCCAGAGAACCAUCAUUUUGCCUGUGACGGAGAGAUGGAGAACAGUGUCUACAACAGGGUGACAGAGAGUCCACUGGCACAUCCCAACUAUCAGCUUCAUUUUGCUGUGCAGCAGCUUCAGCAGCAGAAACUUCAAUCACGACAAUUGUUAGAGCAAAACCAAGCACGGCAACAGGCUCUCUUUGCCAACUACUCACAAUCCAGCACCAGCCAUAUGUCUAUGCCAGCUGGCUCUGAUGCCCACAAGACAUCAAGUGCCACUUGUAGUAUCCAAAAGGCAGCCAGUUUGCACAAAGUGAUGCCAUCCCAGAGUACACAUCCUCAGCUGGUUCCAAAGCCUCCAACAAACCACAGACAGGCAGUGAUCAGAAAGGCUGCAGCCCAGAGGAUUUCCAAGGUGACCUCCACUGAAAAGAAACUGAAUGGAUUCCAGAACAGCCUUCACAGUGCUGCAUCCCGUGAGCCAGGGACAAAUUCCACAGCCUCUGCUCGCAGAGAAAGAUUAACACACACCAGCCAGAAAAGAGAGAAGAGGAGGCCUUGGUGAGAGGAAAACCCACUGACGAGAGUACCUGAACAUCUGUGGAAGCAGACUGUGGUGAUACGCCUGCAAGCUGAGGUGAAUGAUUGCCUCUGAGAGCUUCUGCUGCUGAGUCUUUGGGUCCCUUCCUUCCACCUAUUCGUGAUCACUAACUGUGAGAUCUUUCUGUAAGACAAGAAAUCUUUCCUCCAGUUGUUCUUCCUAAGGUCCAGGUUUGAACAUAAAAUCUCAUUUGCUCAGCCAUUUCAGUCUGUCCUAGUCUGGUAACAGCCACAAUUCUGUGCUUUCAUCACAUGGCAACCAUCAGCAGAGAAAAAUAUUAGAACAUAUGACUGGAGAUAUCUGUGUUUGUUGCCAUCUUGAAUUUUGGCACAGAGCCAUGGAAAUGAUCCAUUUGAAUAAAGUAAUUUCAUUUGUUUGUUUUGGUU